UCUUCACUUCAGUGGUGCUCUGCCGCUCUCGCUCCCUGUAAUUCUCCUGUGAGCUUUACUGGUUUAAUCGAUGGAUUUGGCCAUUGCGAGAGUGGUCCACGGGUGCUCUCCUUCCUGGAGAUGCAUGAAAUCGCCAAGAACUUCUCUGCUGCUCGGUUCUUGGGCUGCUGCCGGUGGCGCGUUUCCUGGAUGCUCAUGCCCUCUAGCUGUUUGUCGAAAUGCCACAGCCGUGGUGCCCUUUGCCAAGAAGAAGAGGAAGGGGUACACUCAGGUAACGCCUGAUGGGGAGGAGGACGAUGAUGUCGCUGAUGAGUUGGAGGGCGAGGCCAAGGAUGAUGAUGAUAAUGAAGAGGAGGAGGAGGAGGAGGUCAGUGGUGACGAUAUAGUGGAUGAAGACGACUAUGACGACGAUGAUGAGUAUGACUUUGGAGAUGAUUUUGAGAGUGAUGAUGAACACGACCUUUAUGCUGGAGAUGGAGGUGCUGGUGGUGGAGUAUCACUUGCUGGCACAUGGUGGGGCAAGGAAGCAUUGGCUUUGGCUGAGCAGGUUUCGGAAUCAUUCGACGGUGACUUGAAAAUUUAUGCUUUCAAGGCAACUGCAAACUUGGAGAUCAGAGUACGCAUUGAGAAGAUGUCCACUAGGUAUGGUUCUCCAACUAUCGAUGACAUCGAAGCGUACACAAUUGCAUUGCGUGCAAAGUUGGAUGAUGCAGAGUCAGCAGGCAGGAUACCAAAAAACAUAUCCUUGGAGGUGUCAUCCCCUGGCGUGGAAAGAGUUGUCCGUGUCCCGGACGAGCUUGAACGCUUCAAAGAACGGGCGAUGUAUGUCAGAUAUGUUGCAGCAAGCGAGGAUUUAGCCACGCCUCAAGAAGCGGACGGUGUGUUCAGGCUCAUUUCCUACGACAUGGACCUGUGCGAGUGCACCUGGGGCAUAGCGGAUGUGAAGAUAAACCGGCAGCAGACCGGCAAGGGCAGGCCCCUGAGCAAGAAGCAGAGAGAAUGGCGUCUGCAGACGCGGUUCGAGUCGCUGAAGUUGGUUAGGGUGUACUCUGAAUGUUGAGGGCUCCUUUGAGUUAGUCUGCGUGUCCAUCUGAGGUAUUCUAGCACCUCAUCCAAUUUUGUUGAACGAACCCUGAUAGGCCAGUGUUUGUGCAGUAGCUAGGUUGUUGUAACACUUGUUCGUAUUCAAUGAUGAGAUGAGUUAUUCUUCUACACAAUAAGAUAACACCUGAACUGUCCUGCAA